ACGUGCAUUUACAAAUAUGGCGGCUUUGGGAAAUCAGUUGGCCACUUUCCCCCUUGGGUCGGUGGAGAUCGCCAGAUCGGGGGAAAGUAUUAGAGAGAGAGAGAGAGAGGUGAAGCGGGUUGAGGUGGAAGCAUAAGCAGGAGUGGGACGAUGGGAAACGAAGCGAUCUUCAUGGAAGAAGCAAAUAAAUGGUUAGAAGAGCUUGGGCGGAGACGCUUCAGCCAAGAUAUCCAAUACACAUCGCUUAAAGGUCUCCAGAUCGUGCAAGCCCAGAAGGAUUCUUUACUCCUCAAUCACAUCCUUCACAAAGAAUUUGCAGAUAGAACAGGGAAUUGCCAUGUGGGAGCGAUAGCUUGCAUAAUCGAUGCAGUUGGGGCGGCAGCUAUAGCUACUUACACAGGCGACCUCAAAGUCUCUGUUGAUUUCAACAUUUCUUACUUCUCAACUGUUAAAAUCGAGGAAGAGGUGGAGAUUGAAGCUAAGGUAGUAGCACACAGAGGGAAGCUUUCAUUGACGACAGUGGAGUUUAGGAGGAAGAAGGAUGGAGUGGUGGUUGCUUUCGGUAAGCAAUGGAUGUCUCAAGUAAAUGCCGUUCCAGGUCUUCAAGGUCUUCAAGCU